GGUGGCAUGAGCACCCUACAACAGGCUGCCCAGUGCCUGGGGCAGCUCUCAAGUUGGUGGGGAUACCAGGCCUGAGCCUGGGGUUGGUUGGGAUGAAGCCUACUCUAGGAUGAGAAGCGUAGGCAGGAUCCAGUGACCUCUGGCUUCCUGGCCAAGAGGCCAGCACAGUGGAAGAAACAAGCCAUCUCUAGGUUUGCCCCUUUCUUGUGUGGGUGGGCCCACCGAGGAGGAGGAGCCUCCUGAGGUUCCUUCUAUCUGAGGCCUCAGGCAGAAGUCAGGGUCUCACGAAUAAGCUGGGUCCUCAAGUGGAGGUUGGGUGGAAAGCGCCCACCCCGGUACUGGCUUCGGUCACUCGGGCGGGACUCAAACAUGAAACACUCCGACGCGCAGAGGAAACGGGAACUGUUGCGCAUGCGCUCGGACGCUGGCCCAUUCCAGGGCACGUGCGCACGCGCGCUCCUGGAGCUUCCCAACCUUCCGGGUGCGGGCGGGGCAUGUUACGUCACGUUGUUUAAUCCGGAAACGGCGGCGGAAGCGACAGGACCGAGGGGCCUUAGUUGGUGGGCAAGUCGGGGAAUCCCAGAAAGAGAAGCGUGACCCGGAAGCGGAAGCGGGUGUCCGUCCCAGCUCCGGCCUGCCAGUGAGCUGCUACCACCAUGGACCUGUUGUUCGGGCGCCGGAAGACGCCAGAGGAGCUACUGCGGCAGAACCAGAGGGCCCUGAACCGUGCCAUGCGGGAGCUGGACCGCGAGCGACAGAAACUAGAGACCCAGGAGAAGAAAAUCAUUGCAGACAUUAAGAAGAUGGCCAAGCAAGGCCAGAUGGAUGCUGUUCGCAUCAUGGCAAAAGACUUGGUGCGCACCCGGCGCUAUGUGCGCAAGUUUGUACUGAUGCGGGCCAACAUCCAGGCUGUGUCCCUAAAGAUCCAGACACUCAAGUCCAACAACUCGAUGGCACAAGCCAUGAAGGGUGUCACCAAGGCCAUGGGCACCAUGAACAGACAGCUGAAGUUGCCCCAGAUCCAGAAGAUCAUGAUGGAGUUUGAGCGGCAGGCAGAGAUCAUGGAUAUGAAGGAGGAGAUGAUGAAUGAUGCCAUUGAUGAUGCCAUGGGUGAUGAGGAAGAUGAAGAGGAGAGUGAUGCUGUUGUGUCCCAGGUCCUGGAUGAGCUGGGACUUAGCCUAACAGAUGAGCUGUCAAACCUCCCCUCAACUGGGGGCUCACUUAGUGUGGCUGCUGGUGGGAAAAAAGCAGAGGCCGCGGCCUCAGCCCUAGCUGAUGCUGAUGCAGACCUCGAGGAACGGCUUAAGAACCUGCGGAGGGACUGAGUGCCCCCUGCCACUCCAAGAUAACCAGUGGAUGCCCAGGAUCUUUUACCAUAACCCCUCUGUAAUAAAAGAAAUUUGACACUA